UUCCAUUUCUACACUGCAGUACUCAUAUCUGACACAACACAAUCGGAGCUACACUUCUUGACAGCACUUACUUACUACUUGAUAGCGAUAAACAGUACGAACACGUUUCAUCCUCACGCCCCGUCAAGCAUCGAACUAAACACACAAAAGCCCACCUAGCCCUCUAACGAACCAACCGUACGGCAUCACCCCACUGCCUCAGAAAAAGGACCCCUUUCAGAAGCUUCGAACUCGAGCCAAACAACCAAUCAACCAACCAAAGCAACAAUGCCAUCCAACCCCACAAUCCCCGCAACCAACUCCGACUGGACAGCCCUCAUCACCCAAACCCACCGAACCAUCACCUCCCUCGAACCCGUAACCUACACCACCACGACCCCCGUCUCCGAAACCAUCGACCACACCCAGCUCUCUCUCACCGCCACACCCGAGCAGAUUGACACCCUCUGCACCGAAGCCCGCACCCACAACUUCGCAACCGUCUGCGUUCGUCUGCGUUACGUCGCGCGCGCCGUGGAGAACCUCCACCACUCCGCACCACCACAAACCCAGACCCAGAAUCUCCAGGCCUCCUCCCCAGCAAAAAACACCCCAGGGAUAGCCUGCGUCAUCUCCUUCCACGAAGGCACCGCCCCGACUUCCUCCAAAGUCACCGAAGCCCUCGCGGCCGUGUCCGCCGGCGCCACGGAGCUCGACAUGGUGCUGAACCGCCCGCUGCUGCAGCAGGGCGAGUAUGCAGCGGUGUACGAGGACAUCCAGGCGGUGCGGGCGGCGAUUCCCGCCAGCGUGGGGUUGAAAGUGAUUCUCGAGACAGGGCGGCUGGGCUCGGCGGAGGAGGUGGUGGCGGGGAGUGUGGUGGCGUGUCUGGCGGGGGCGGAUUAUAUCAAGACGAGUACGGGGUUUGAUGGGCCUGGGGCCCGGGUGGAGGAUGUGCGGGUGAUGCGGGCGGUGGCGGACGCGCUGGGGACGGGGACGAAGGUCAAGGCUAGUGGUGGGGUGCGGUCUCGGGCGGAUUGGAGGCGGAUGGUGGAGGCGGGGGCGGAGAGGAUUGGUAGUAGUUCGGGAGUGAGGAUUGUUGUUGGCAGCGGUGACGAAAAGGGGAAGGUCGAGGGUUAUUGAUCUGGGGGCUGAGGUGAUUGGUAAGGGCUGUUGUGCAGUGCAGUUCGUGGGUAAGGUAGUAUGUCAUAUGAUGUAGCUUUUCUUACUACUUACUUAUUAUUGGCAUCGCUUAGCGGAACCU